AUGGCUAAUUCAAGUGGUGUGAAAGAUCAUAUUUUAUUAACCAAAUUAUUUAUUUAUCCCGUGAAAUCUUGUGCUGGUAUCUCAUUAGAUAAGUGGCAUAUUGAUAUACACAAGUCCUGUUUAUAUUUGGAUCGUGAGUGGACAAUGAUAGAUAGAAAUGGGUAUGCACUAACUCAAAUGAGACAUCCCAAAAUGUGUAAAAUUAUACCAAAAAUUAAUUUAGACAAGAACCAACUUGUUAUUAGUGCUCCAAAUAUGAUCAGCGAUUUAUUCAUUGACUUGAAUGAAGGUGCUAACGUCAAAGGUGAUAUUUCUGACUCGCUUCCACUUCGUCUGUGCGGUACCGAUCGUUGGGGUUACGUCUAUGACCAACAAGUACAGCAAUGGUUAUCGAAAGCAAUGGGAACCUAUGCAAAUUUAGCUAGACGAUGUUUGAAAAUAAAUUAUUUUAAUGAGGGUGAUUUUCUGCUGAUUAAUGAGCAAAGUGUUCAAUCAAUCGACUCAGAAUUACCUGACGAACAAAUAACAUUCGACCGAUUUAGACCAAAUUUUCUUUUCGAUCAUCAACAACCAUACGUCGAAGAAAACUGGUUACAACUGCAAAUUGGCACCUGUUUAUUUCAAUCAACUGGGCUAUGUAAUCGGUGCGUACAAGUGAAUGUUGAUCAACAAUCAUGUUCAAAACAGAGUCAACUAUUCAAAAAGUUGAAGGAAUAUAGACAAACCAAUUUUGGAUUAAUGUUAAAAUAUGUUCAGACGGCAGUUGAAAUAGAAUUGUUGCCGCAAAUUAGUGUGGUGAAAAGGGGACGACGAUCUGUUCACUGGAAAUUUAAUGGUGACUGUGAAUAUAUAGAUGGUCCCCGUAUUGUCUUCGUAUGUCCAUGCGGCGGUCGUCUCGAACCGCUGAGGAUACAUCAAGCACACGAUACUGAAUAUUUAGAAAUUCAUUAUGCUGAUGGUCACACGGAAAUUGAAACGGGUCCAAUAUCAAUAUAUGAUGAUCCACUGAAAAUUGUUUCGAUUGAGAAAAAACAAAUGAUUAAAUUAGAUGCAAAUGAAAUUAUUAUUUUGUAUACACAGAAAAAGAUUGAUAAUACAUUCGCAGAAAAAGUACUACCAGAUUCUUCACUUCGUCAAAUAGUCAAAGGUCCAUGUAUGUAUGCACCGAAACCGAAUGAAUGGAUACACGAAUUCAUAUGGCACGGUGAACAAGAAGAACAUAAAGCAAGAAUUGUGCCAGGUGCAAAAGUAUUUAAAAAACUUCGUUUAAUACCAGAUCAGUUCUAUUACAAUAUAUCAGAUGUGAGAACAUCAGAUGAUGCACUUAUCACGGUGAAAUUGAUGAUCUUUUUUGAAUUGGUCGAUGUUGAGACAAUGUUAAAUAAUACACAUGAUCCUAUUUCCGAUUUUAUCAAUGCCAUAUGUGCCGAUGUAAUUGCAUUUGCAUCUGUUAGAAAGUAUGAAACAUUCUUGGAGAAUGCUAACCAAUUGAAUCAAUUAGAAACUUAUCCACAAUUGAUGACACGCUCGGAAUCAGUUGGAUACAAAAUCAACAAGGUUGUUUUCAGAGGUUAUUUAGCCACGGAUAAACUUCAACAUAUGAAUGACAGCGCUAUUGAAUCACGGACAAAAUUAAGAUUGGAAGAUGAAACAGAAAGACAACUACAAUUAUUGGAGGAUAUGAAACUUGAAAAAAGAUAUGAUAGAUCUCAAAAAGAACGCAAAAUGGAAAUGGAGACCAUAGCACAUACUUUAGAACUGGCUAAACAGAAGCACACUGCCCAUUUACUGGAAAAAGAAGCAGAAAAUAGAGUUGAACGAGAACAUCAAGAAUUAUUACAUAACGAUGAAGUUAAGUUUUAUCAAAACUUAAAAACGAUGCAAGUGGAUUUAACACAAAUUAUUGUAGCACAAAAUAGAAAUCCUGAUAAACUAAUACAAAUUGUCGAUGAUGGAAAUCAAAAGAACAAAGGCAUACGUUCGGAAAAUAUUCAGUUCGUCGAACAUCUUUAA